AUGGGGUUUGCAGAGGAGAAGGGAUCGAACGUUUUGUUCGCGAAGACUAGCUGCUUCGGGGAGGAGCAUGGGUCUCGCCAGGCACUGUUGCCGAAGGAGGGAAAGGAGGGUUCGCUGGAGAACGCGAGGAAACUCGAGUUAGUGGAUUACGAUUCGUUACCCAAGUACUUGAAGCACAACGAGUUCAUUCUAAGAUACUACCGAUGCGAGUGGCCUCUCAAGGAUGCCAUCCUCAGCAUCUUCUCCAUUCAUAAUGAGACUGUCAACGUUUGGACGUAAGUAACCCGUUUGUCUAUCUGUCUUUCUCUUUCUUCUACGUCUUGGUUUUUGGUCGGAUUUAGGUUUUUCCUCAAGAAGCUAAUGAAAGUUCUAUUCUGCAGGCACUUGAUCGGAUUCUUCCUUUUCCUAUCUCUAACGCUGUACGCCGCCAUGAUGAUCCCGACGGUCGCAAAUUCUCUGUAUGCCCAGCAGCCGCAUUCCGGCGUCGAAUCUCCCUUCUCUUCUCUGUCCAACACGUCCGGAUUCGGAAGCAUAUUCAAGGAGAUAAAUACCUCCUCUUCCCAGACGUCAAUGCCUCAUCCUCAAUUUCACGAUUAUUUCGGAAAGAUUUUCGCGGCGAGGUUUUCUCUGGCAAACGACACAGGCGCAUCCGCCGUGAGAAACGGUGAUGAGUCCGCCGCCGCACCAUCGGGUCAGGCAAUCUCCCGGUGGCCCUUCUUUGCCUUCCUAUGCGGAGCCAUGUUCUGCCUUCUCACGAGCAGCGCCUGCCACCUCCUCUCCUGUCACUCGGAGCACACUUCCUACGUCAUGCUCCGGCUUGACUACGCUGGCAUCUCCGCCCUCAUCGUCACCUCCAUCUUUCCCCAAGUCUACUACACAUUCGCCUGCGAACCUUUCUAUCAGACCGUCUACACUGCCGGCAUCACCACCCUCGGCGUGCUCACCGUCUUGGUCUCCCUCAUUCCGUUCUUCGAGACGCCAGAGUUCCGGAUCGUGCGCUCUCUGGUAUUCGUCUGCAUGGCUCUCUCCGGAUGGGGGCCAAUCGUGCACAAGCUGAUGCUGUUCGGCAACCGACCGGAGGCGCUGCUGACGACCCUCUAUGAGUUUCUGAUGAACAGCUGCUACGGCAUAGGGGUAGUGAUCUACGCUACGAGAGUUCCGGAGAGAUGGAGCCCGGGGAAGUUCGACCUGAUCGGGCACAGCCACCAGCUCUUCCAUGUGCUCGUCAUUGCAGGGGCUUACAUCCAGUACCUCGCCAUGUUGGUUUACCUACAAUGGCGGGACGCCGAAGGUUGCUAG